UUGUCACCUUCACACUCCUAUAGUUCCAGCUGGUCUCGCCACCAUGGACUGCUCUUAUCGAAGUUUGGUUUUGCUCGCCGUCACAUUGUGUCUGUUUGGCCUACACUAUGCCGUUUGCUCCAUCGAAGACUCUGGAUGGACUUGUCAAGUCGGUGGCAAGAUUUACAAGGAAGGCGAAAAUUUCACAACCUCUGUGGCAGGCCCAUGUGUCAUCUAUAAGUGUUAUGGUGGCAUCGUUCAGCAGGUCAAGGCUGGAUGCAACCAUAACGGUGUGUGCAUGAACAUUAACCAGACUUGGACCAGCGGGUGUUUCGCUUACCAAUGCCAAAUCAACAAUGGCGCUAUCGGAAUCAGUCUGGUAAACGGAAGUUGUGAGAUCGCCGGUACGUGUCUCGGGGUGAAUGAGACCUUCCGUCAGGGCUGCUUCAACUACACCUGUGACCUACAGAUGCAUGGGCGACAUCGAUCUUACAGGGUGCUGCUGAAGGAAUGGGGCUGUAGCAAUGGCGUCAGUUGCCUCCCCGCUAACUUCACGGAAACCUACAAUUGUGUAACGAGGCGUUGUGAGGAGAGGAAUGGCAGUGUGGGCAUGUUUGAAAUAAGUCAAGCUUGCAUUACACCUAGCCGCGAGUGCGUCAAACCAGGAGAAACAUAUGUCGACAAAUGCCGCACGCACAAAUGCAAACAGCAAGUACUCCUUGGGGUGAAACUCUUCUCAUUGGAACCAACCACUGCAUUGUGCGAGGACGCUAACGGCAAAUGUCAUGGGGCAAACGACGUCUUCAGCGUCAGCAUGAAUAAUCAUCUCAUGCACAACUGCACGUGUCAGCUGGCAGGCAUCAACCCACACUACAAAUGCAGUGAUGCGGUGCCUUAAGGCAGAAACCAGGCAGAAUGUUCUGUUUGGGUAAUAUCUUUGAAUUGUAGUAUCAGCAAUAAAAAUGUCUUGAUGUU